AUGGCGUCUGCAGUUCCCUAUUACAGUUACGAAGACGAUGAGGAGGACAACCCCUUUGCCUCUGCUGCGAGCAACCAAAAUGCCUCUGUCGUGAUUAAUGCUGCUACCGUGGUCUCUGAAGACAGUCAAGCAGAUGCGGCUGCUGAUACAGUGGAUGGAAGUGCCGUUGGUGGUGGUUCUGUUGGCGUUGUUGGAUCUGAUCUGACGGUUUCUUCGUCGUCACGAACCAGCGAGGGCGAACCACCAGCAACACAGAGUUUGGAAGACGACACGAAACUGAUAACGGAACGGGAGCAAGCGAGUAAGUUCAAGAUACUGGUGAAAGUUGUCGCAUUGGAGAGAACAGGGUCGCUGAGUAACAAACGGGAAAACCCAACGGUGGUGUUCCAUUGCUCAACGACACUGCCCACUUUCCAUAAACAGCAGUACAAGGGCGUCAAGAAGACGAUGGAUGAGUUCAGGCGGUACGUGGCGUAUCUGAACAAGGGGAUCACCGAGUCGUUUAUCCCCUCGUUACCCAAACCAUACACGAACUACGGGAUCAAUAACCAAGAGGAUUACGAUAAAACGGUCAAGAACCUUCAGGGAUGGUUCGACCGUGUGGUGAGAGAUCCGCUGAUCUUGAGGAACGAGGAGCUGGCUUUCUUUGUGGAGAGCGAUUGGAACACGUACACCCCGAUAAAGGCUGUGAAGAACCCUCCGGUCUCCGGUCUUAAGAGGAGGACUUUGAAGCAGCUGGCACCGCCGUACGACCAGGUGGCCGCGCUGGCCGAGUUCAGGCCGCUGGUGAAGAGUGUAUACCUGGCGUCGCAAGCGUUGCAGGAGAGAUUGGUCAAGAUCAACAAGUGCAGACGGCUGUUGACGCAGGAGGAGAGUUCGAUGGGGGCCAACUUCAUUGGUCUCGCCGAGGUGUCCGACGAUGCUAGUGUCAGGCGACUUUACAGUCGGUACGGGAAAGUGAUGACCGCCGUGGGCGAUGUGGGGAGUAUAUUAGCGACGAUGGAGCUGGCCACACUCUACGAUGGGUUGGAUUGGGUUGUCGCCGAUGCUUAUAAUAUCAAGGAGAGCCUGACGAAUAGACACUUUACCAUGCGAGAGUUGAUACAGGCACAACAGAAUUCUAAGACGAGACAGGAGAGCGCACGGAAGCUACGCAAUAAACGGGACAUUAGCCCGCUGAAAGUGGACGAGGCGCUUCGAAACUUGAAACUCGCUACGAAGACGGAGCAAGAGUUGACGCUAAAAUUACGAAGAACCACGGCGAACAUGCUCAUUGAAAGGAACCAGUGGGUUAAGUGGUACGAGUCGUGGAUGCACCAGUGUGUGAAAGAGUUUGUGUUGAAGAAAAUCGAGUACGAAAGGAAGAAGCUGGCCCUGUUGGAGAGGGUCCGGUCAGAUGUGAGGAACGCGGACUCCAUGGGCGGCCUCUCGCGGCUCGGCCGUGACCACAAAGCGAUCUCCGAGCGCGUCAGCGAUGACGUGUCCUUCAACUCGCAGAGUGUCGACGGGGAUAGUUGGACAGGGGAGACCCGCAACCGGGGCAAACAAGAGAUUGAUGAGAUACGUCGCACGGCGUUCGAUAAAGAACUAGAAGAAGAAGGUGGGGAACCGCGCACCGGGAACGCCCACAAUGGCCUGGAUGUUACAGACACGACAGACCCUGCAAAGUCCCUAGACGCACGGCACGCGGCCAGUG